CUUCAUCCCUACCAAUAGCAUACUCUCUUUCAAAUAUGAUAGUUAAGCAAUCAUCAAUGAGAAAUUCAUCGCUCAUUUUGUUGCGCAAAUAAGUUUCCACGUGUUUCAUCGUUGAAAAGGUUCUCUCCAUAGUAAUCGUUGAAACGGACAACGUCAACAGUUGAUGAAUCAACCGGACUAAUCAAUUUGUAUUGUGUGUCAAUCCCUAUUUCCACCAGCUUCUCUAGAAGUUUUGCAAUGAAACAAACCUCAUAUUUGAUUUAGUCUUUUGGAGUAGUUGGAAGAAGAAGACACGAAGAGUCCUAGUUGCUCUUUGGUUCUCCUUUUCGCUGCUGGCUCCUGAAAGCGUCAUUAUAUUAUUAUCAUUGUGCUUGAGGAAGUUUGUAGUGAUGAUUGAUGGGCAGGGAGCUGUGGGGCUCGACUUGACUGCUUUGACCCGCCUUCUGCUCCUUGCUUCUAUUGCCAUCACAAUCUUUAUCACGACAGCAAACUGAAAGAGACUGAUAACAAUUGACCAGUUCAUCUAGCUGGCUACCUUCAUCUAUCUAAUAGUAAUAUAUACAAUGUGAUCAUCAGUUUCCAGCAUCCACAUUACAGUCUCUCUAUAUAUUCUUGCUGACUUGCUGUUAUUAUGAUAAGACAAAGUGGGGAGCUUGUUCCACAUCUGAGAGUGGCUGAUAUUCACUACUACUAAGGAAGAAAAAGGAUGGCAGCAGCAGCAGCAGCAGCAGCAGCAGAUGAAGAAGAGUAUGCAGUUUCCACGUGUUUCAUUGUUGAAAAGGUUCUCUCCCUAGUAGUCGUUGAAACGGGCAACGCGUCAUCAACCAACUAAUCAAUUUGUAUUGUGUGUCAAUCCCUAUUUCCACCAGCUAACAAACCUCAUAUCUCAUUUAGUCUUUUGGAGUACUUGGAAGAAGAAGACAGAGGAGUCCUAGUUGCUCUUUGGUUCUCCUUUUCGCUGCUGGCUCCUGAUAGCGUCAUUUAUAUUAUUAUCAUUGGGCUUGAGGUAGGUUUGUAGUGAUGAUUGAUGGGUGGGGAGCUGUGGGUACGACUUGAAUGCUUUCACCCGCCUUCUUCUCCCUGCUUCUAUUGCCAUCACAAUCUUUAUCACGAUGACAAACUGAAAGGGACUGAUAACAACUGAUCAGUUCUUCUAGCUGGCUACCUUCAUCUAAUAGUAGUAUAUACACUGUGAAUCUGUGAUCCUCAGUUCCUCGCUUCCAACAUCCACAUUACAGUCUCUCUAUAUAUUCUUGCUGACUUGCUGUUAUUAUGAUAAGACAAAGUGGGGAGCUUUGUUCCACAUCUGAGAGAGGCUGAUAUUCUCUACUACGAAGGAAGAAAAAGGGAUGGAAGCAGCAGCAGCAGAAGAAGAGUAUACAGUGCCACUGUUGAAGCAGUACUAUGAGAAUUGUCCCGGUUGCAAGGUUGAUGAACAGAAAGAGUUGAAGAGAGGAUUGCCCAUCCGAGAGUUCCUUUCAAUUUGGUCUGUUGUUCUUUGCACAGGUUCGGUAGGCACUUGGUUUUAGUUCCUAGUCAAUGUUUUCAUUUGUUUUGUUUUGUUGGUAGCAUAAACGUCAGAGACUCUUCUUGGUUUACAGAGCUGCUCUGAACUUUUCUUGGUUCACAUGUACAUGUACUGAUAUGUUCUCUUUUCUCUGCAGCUCUCCCAAUCUCAUCUCUCUUUCCCUAUCUCUAUUUUAUGGUAAGCAUACUGAGUAUGUAUGUAACAUUGGCUUCGAAUAAAAAAUGUUAAUAUGCUAAGUAAGUGCGAGUUAUAAAGACUUCUGUUCCUUGGAACUGUGUUUUCAAUUAUCGAUAUAUAGUUUUAGGCGAGUCAUUAAUUCCGCAAGAGGAGUAAAGCAAGUAAGCGAGUAACGGAUAAGUCAGAGUUAUAGCCACUUUGUUACAGAGCUGACCAUAAAGUUAAAUGUUCAGAUUAGGGACUUCAAUGUUGCAGAAAAAGAAGAAGACAUCGGUUACUAUGCUGGUUGUGUUGGUGAGUUUGUUUGCAGCACCAAUGAUAGCUUUCCCCCACUUGUCACGUUAUUUGAACUGAUCCUGAUGAAGCAAUCUAAAUAUCUCCUUCUGGAUCUUUUGAAGGAGCCUCAUUUAUGUUUGGUAGAGCUUUGACUUAUGUUUUCUGAGGAUUGGUGGCCGAUCGCUAUGGUCGAAAGCCUGUUAUACUCUUGGGGACUUCAUCAGUGUUAGUGAUCACAGCUAGUUUUUCUUUUUUCAAUAUCCAUUGACCAUUUUUUAUGCUUAUAUCUGUGCCCGAGUUAUGCCAUGCAUUUCUCUCUGUCAGGGUUAUCUUGAACGCUAUCUUCGGGCUCAGUAUAAACUUUUGGAUGGCUGUUAUCACAAGAUUCCUACUCGGGUGCUUGAAUGGUUUACAUGGUCCAAUAAAGGUAUAGUUGUUCUUUCCCAUUUACUUUGUUGAUCAUUUAUCUGCACAGCAGUGACAUGCUUGCAAAAUUGAAACUUUAACAUUGUCUCACUGCCAAAAUACAAUGGAAUUCCAGGCAUAUGCAUCUGAAAUUUUCAGAGCUGAACAUCAAGCCUUGGGUUUGUCAACUGUGAGUAGCUUUAUGGAUCUGUUACAUUUCCACUCUGGCGAAACAAAAUAGAAAAACUAAAUAGAGUUCAACUUCUACCAGAUCUUCACAGCAUGGGGUAUAGGAUUGAUUAUUGGUCCUGCUCUAGGAGGUUUCCUUGCCCAGGUAUGUACACAAUAUAAUUAUUUCUGUGUUUGCAACUAUGGACUAGUUAGCAGGCCAGCAUAAACACUUGCACUGUAGGUGGUCACCAUUUUAUGAGUGAUGCAUAAAUGAUGAACUUUCUGUACUUGAUCAUUAAGAAUGAAAUUUUCCCUUGUACUUGGUGCAGCCAGCUGAGAAAUAUCCAACUCUGUUCUCCAAGGAUUCUUUAUUUGGGAGGUUGGUGAAUUGCUUGGCUUUCUUUUGAGUUUUGCUCCGCUGACAUUACGUAUUCUUCUACUGUUUUUAAUGGUGGUUUCAAAAAUUCUGUGUAAUGCAGAUUUCCCUACUUCUUGCCUUCUUUCUGCCAUAUCUUCGUUCACAUGCAUCUUCCAGGGUAUGCCUGAAAGUCUUUGUGUCCAUUUUGUAUUUUUUUUUUUUUUUUGUGUGUUUGGGAAAUAGCUUAUGAUGGUUGAUGGAACUGGAAUUGCAGAUAUUAUCCAUUCCGUUGUUGGCAAGUUACCCUUUUAUGUCGAAGUUGUCGGGCUUCAGUCUGAGUGUGCUGAUAAACUGCGCAUCUGUAUUGAAGAAUCUCCUAUCUGUAUCAAUUGUCACAGGCUUGUUAAUGCUGCAAAACAAUGCAGUGGAGCAGCACCAGAGAGGGGCUGCGAAUGAGAUAGCAAUGACAGCAAUGUCUCUGUUUAAAGCAGCUGGUCCUGCUGGUGGGGGUUCUCUGAGCACACACCAACAACUGGAGUUGAAGAUCUAAGACACAUUUUGGAGGGGAUGUACCAAACGGUUCCGGUGGCGUGUGUGUGCAGGUUUUCUGGGGUGAAACGCGUCAGGAUGCGGCCUUUCCUUCCAGGUAAAUGGUGAUUGGUUCACUUUCGCAGUUAGUUGUUGAUGGCUGCGUAUGUUUCUUUUUCCCUUUGGUAACUAGAUGAUUGAACUGAUGUUGGAUGGAUGGUAUCUUGUGGCGCAGGUAACCAAAUGGUUUUCUUCGUGCUGAACGUGGUGGAGGCAAUUGGGGUGUUGUUCACUUUCAAGCCUUUCCUAGCCCUUCCCCGAGAUCGAACAGCAGCAACACAAUGACCUAGCUGCUGCUUGUUUGGAAGAAGGAGAAGAAGAACUGGAGGCUGGCUCGGGUCCUUGGUUGCUGAGGAAGAAGGUGGUUUGGCGCGAGAUUCAAAUUUGAAUUUGAAGAAUGCCGUUGUGUCAUUUUGUUCAAUAAAGCGCUGCUGUGUAGUGCUUUGUUGUUUUGGUGAAUUGGAGUCCAAAAUCGUGUCUUAGGCUGCAAGGUGUUUAGCAGCUUAGUUGGUUAGUGAAAGUUGUUUGCUAUCUUUCAGGUUACUGGGAGCCUGAUUUGGUGGCUUGAAUUGAAACUUUGUAUUUAGUUUCUUUUGAGUUUCAAUAAUAAACCGUCAGAUUGCAUCACAUCCAUUUUUAGCAAAUGUCAAUUCUGGCUGGCUCCAUAAGGCCAACUUCAAAGGAAAGUGAACUCCAAGCCAAGGUGUCUUGCCAGAAAGGCCCUGUUUUGGUUUGGUUGAUUGCAAAUGUAAUGUAAAGCAAUCAAAUGUAAUGUAACGU